GAUCUGAUCGAAUUUUUCCCGAUUUAUUUUUAGAGAUGAUCGUCUUUUACGGCCACAACAUAGAUUGCUACUGCGCUCUUCAAGGAUUGCUGGAAUUCGGAGUGGAUGGCUCUUGGAUCACGUUGAUCCAUCCCCCGUUGGCCCAGUGUACGGCCUACGAUGAGGCGUUCUUCGACGAUUGCGAAGUGUACACGGAAGUGAUGGAGUCGAUCACGAGGAAGAACAUCAAGAUAAUCGUGGGAUGGGAAUUGGUUGAUUGGUACCUGGAAGACUCGUCCAAGGGGAAAAUGAUCGAGUCGAUCGUUAUAAAGUUGAAGGGGAAGACCGAGGUGGUGGAUUGCGACUUUUUGAUAAAUUUUUACGAGAAGACUAUCGGAAUGAAGAUAUUCUUGGCGAUCUGUAGAUCUGGAUUGAUGUUCGACGGCCAAUUGGUCAUAGAUUCGGACCUGAGAACGAACGAUCCGUCGAUCUUCGCAGCUGGCACCAUAACCAAGUAUUGCAGAAGGUAUUACAGCGAGUCUUGGCAGCACAAAAACUUCAACAGAAUCGAGAUCGGCGAAAAAUUGGCGAAAAUCGUUCGAUCGUUCAUCGAAAACGAGCACAAAGGCAAGGAUCCAGCGUCCGUCCCAUCCAAACGCAAAGCCUACGAAUCGGUAUACGUGUUCCGAUUACCAUUGAUAGUUGCCUGCAUCGUACCGGAUGGUUAUCGAUUUCUUCAUGUACGAAAAUGCGGGAAAAGCAUGCCACGCAAGAUGGCGAUCCGUUUCGAUAUUUACGGCCAGGUGUUGAUCACGGGAUCGUGCAAAAGCGAUAUCGGUUACUUCCGGAUAAGAUUAAAUCCGUUCAACGUGAUCGAGACUGUAACCUGUUUUAACAAAAAGAAUUUUGAAGUGGAUCAUAUAUGCUCGUUGUGGGGAAAACACGAGAGCCUGUUGAACAAUUUAAAGGCACGAUUCAAAGAAUCACUGAUCGUGGACUUUUUCGAAUACUUUCGGGAACCGUGGGCCCUGGCCAUAUUUUACGAUAAAUUCGACUGUCUUCGAGUGGAGAAUCGUGCCACGCUCUUGUCGAAAACGGCGAUACCCGGCCAAUCUUUGGUCAACGAUUGCAUACGUGCUCUAAUGCGGUCGAAAUGGGACGAGAUACAGGAGAGCGAUCUUCAAACCAUCCAAUCGAGAUACGCUGGUUCCGUUUACCAGCAAGAGAUCGAGGGGAAUCUGCUCGACUUUUUGCAAUUCUGCGAGGAGGAUCUGCCUGUGUAUUGCACGCCCCCGAAAUUGCACGAAUUAUACGUAAACAACAAGGAUAGCCCAUUGUACAACGUGUUCUAAACAACCUUGUCACAAUUAAUUUCUAUAUAUAUAUAUUUUUCUUUUUCUCGAACGAGAUCGAAAUAAAAGAAUCGCGAAACGAGCUUCCAAAGUAUUAUUUUAUACCCGCAUAAUUUUAUCCCUCGAACGCGAUGCAUUUUCGAUCGAGACGUUGGUCGAAAACCGCAACGAGCGCAUUGGCAACCGAUCGCGUUACACACGAUCGUAUGCACGAACGUUCGUGUGGACGAACGUUACCGACUUUUAAUAAACGAGUUCCCGAUCCGAGUCCUCGAUCGUUCCAUCCGCGCCUAUUUACUUGGCAUGCGAUCCGAUCUCUGGGUCAAGUUUAACAUUCCGCCGUGCUGCUCCAUAAACAUACGGCUCAAGGCAGCGUCUACUUGCCGCCUACGCAUCGUGAAACAACAAACACACGUCACUGAAAUGUCAUGGCGUGCCUGUUU